AUGUUUGCCCCUCCCUCAGAUGAAAUGAAUCCUUCUUAUAUUGAUUUUUUAGAAAAAAGAGUCGAUGCAACUACCGCCGGACUUGAUGCAAGUACAACAGAGUUUUCAAUGGACACAUCAUCUCAUACCGGACCAUCAAUGGACGCUUCUCCAACUACUUCUUCCCCUGUUUCUCAAAGUGACAGUGGUAGUGAAACCUUGAAAAUUUCAGCCGACAUUCAGACUCGGCGCCGUAUAAGCACACAUUCUUUUAAUAAAAUGACAACAAACACUCUAAUUUCCAAUACAUUUGCAACUUCAGGGACAUAUUCUGUAUUGGACAACGGCUCUUCCACCUUGACAGAUGCGUUGGCGUUGAUCACUGCUAUACCGAAUUCUACUGGUGACAGUAGUAGUGCAACCUCGGGCAUACCAAAUGAUGAAACAGUCACUGUUUAUACAUACAACUCUCAGAAUUCAUUAAAACCUUCAAUUGAGCUGAUAGUUCCAACAAUCACUACGAAUACCCUUCCGACGGGAUUACUUCCUGCUUCGUCAAACUAUACUAAUUCAUCAAUUUUUACUCAGCCAUUAAAUUCUACAAAUCCAUCAAUUUCUGCACAAUUUACAAACAGCACGAAAUCGGGAUACAAUAGGCCCAAAAGCGUUUCGUCAUGGAUAACACGCUCCAGUUUAAACAUGGUACCUUCAGAAUAUCCAAAAGUCUCAACCUACAGCAGUUCAGGUUCUAAUACUCUGAGACAUUCUGCUCUAUCAAAGGCACAUUCUAUGUUCCCUUCACGAACCUCAAUAACAAAGUUAAGUUCUUCUACUUCGGUGAAGUCCAAAAAAUUCGCCAGUUCAGCAUUACCUACUACAUCAUCUUCACAGCUUACCACAACGUCAUCAAGAAAACCUAGAACAACAAUAACCCAAUAUCUCGAGGAUAUAACUUAUACCCAGGUAUAUGUUGUGACAGAUUCUCGAACUACAGUCACCACUGCUUUAUUGGCAACUACAAGCUUUUAUGUCACCUCGCUGGAUGAGACAUACUCUAUUUCCCCACCCGCAAUCACGACAGAUCUACAAUCUUUAAAAUCAAGACUGGGCUUUGAUUCAAGUAUCUUCAAAAAAAAAAUAGGAGCCGGAGCUGUAGCUGGUAUUGCUAUUGGCGCCAUUCUUGGAUUGUUGUUACUACUAGGUUUGUUUAUUUUUUAUUUUCUUAGGAAGAGGAAAAAUGGUGGAUCAGUUAUUGAUUGGCUACAUGGUUUAAAAAGAUCAGAUGAUCAUUAUAGCAGAAAAAGUGUGUAUAUUGGUGAUGCCAGCCAUUAUAAAGAAAAUGGUAGUGAGGACAGUUUAGUCCAAACCGAUUCGAGAUACUACAAUAGUGAAAGAUAUCCAGAGCCUCAAAUACCCGAUGAUCCAACAUCAAACUCCACGAUAAAAAAGACCCCACCAUUGGUGAACCGUGAUAAAAAACCGUCACUUUUCCUUACCCCGUCUCCUAUAAAACCAGCACUAACCGUUGAUCAUAGUCCGGUUCAAGAAGACGGAUUCGAUAUGUCCUUAUUUGAUAUGAGAAGUGAACUUAAUAAAAUCAACGAUUCAACAGAUACUGUUCAUUAUCUGUUUCCCCCAGCUCCUGCACCGAGAAAAACCGUUAAAGGAAUAAAUUCUAUCGAUAAAAUGAACUACCAAGUUGAUGAUACCCCAACCACCCCGAUAGACAGACUACCAAUCGACCGAACCAUGAGUGUGUUGUAUGAAUCUCCAAACGAGCAAUGUAUCUGGGAUGAAUUUGAAAGUGCAAAAGAUUCAGGAUUGAUGAACCAUUCAGGCUCUAUGACUAAUGCUAAAAACUACUCUGCUGAUACAGAAUUUGAUACCUCUAAACAUGGGAAAAGCAGUAAAUGUGAUCAGAUAUUUGAACAGCUGAGAGCUGAUGGUGAUUAUGAUGAUACUCUCCGAGAUAGUAUUCUGAGUUCCGACAGAAGAGUCAGGUCAGGAAGUGGGGCUAAAAGGUAUGAGUACAUUGUUAACAAUGUGAGUACUUUUAAGAAUGAAUUAGAAAAAGAGCGCUUGGGGUCACCGCUGAAGUCAACAUUUGGGUUUGAAAGUAUGGAUGAUACUGUGCAUUUAUCAGAAACGCCCAACGAUUUCCCUAAUUCCGAAACUGUUAAAGAAUUCAUUGAUUAUGUGAAGAAAGUACCACCGCCAAUUCCCAAACCUAGAAAGAAUAUCUGA